CAAAAAGUCGUGUGAUGCUUUAUCAGCUUUCCGUCUUGUCCGGCGGCAUGGCGGAUGGCGAGGAUGCGAGGAAGGAGGCGGAGGAUGCGAGGAGGGAGACCGCCUUAGCAUCGACACUUCUCUUCCAACCCAACUUCAAGCCUUCUAAGGUUACCCAAGCACAACUCGACAAGCUCAAGGAUCUGCACAGGAAGCGUUUGAAACUCAAGGAAAAAGCAAAGGGGAACCCAAAAUCGAAUGAAAUCGCACAAAGGAGCGUAAGCACAUGUGCGGAGGAUAUUGAUUUCAAGUAUACUACAAGUCCUGCAGCAUGUAAUUCCGACGGGAGUUCGAAGAUUCCUGUAUUCGAUCUAAAGGCAUGUUUGGAUCAGAAUGCUCCAUGUUUAAUCCCCAACAAGAGAAGAAAGCUACGCUGGGGGCUUGAUGCUAAAGAAAGAUGGGAAAGAAAGGCGAACAUGUGAUGGACUGACUCCAAAACAGGAAUAUCUUGGGCUCUAUUAAGCGGUAAGUCAUAGCCUGCUGCCCCUGCAGUUGUUCUUCGUGGUAAUGCUGCUGAAGGAUAUAAUCUUUUGACUAGAAGUCCUUCUUCUAUUAAGACUGCUACUGUGUGCAGCCUUAAUUCUUCUUCAUCACUUAAGGCUUCAUCAUCAUUUCUGCUAUAAGUGGCGUCAUGUAUAAAUGGUGCUGCUCGGUAAUUAGAGAAACUGAUGGAGAGUCUUCCAUCCAAUAAGUUGCUACUUGAUACUUCAUUAGGUUGUAGAGGAACAACUACAUUUGUGGGGCAAAUCACCCAAUUUUGUCCUUGUAAUUGCCUUGCUGAGUAUCGCCUUCCUGGAAGAGCAAUUACUCCA